UUGAAAGAAAUAUACACGUUGACGAAUGGAAGCCCUUUUCUGGGAAAGCAAUCCCAACCCUCGCGAUCAGUCACCAUCCGGUUUUCAUGCAAGUUUCACACACAAGAUCGACGAGAGAAUGCUGGGCAACGAACGUUACAAUGAUGACAUGAUUUACAUUACAAAAUUGACGCGAAACAUUUUGGGCCUGCUCGGAAUCUGGCCGUCUUAUAAUACGAGCAAAUCUACCGGCGACAAAGCUAGGAAAUACUUGCUGAUCGCGAUCUCUAACAUUCUUCUCUACUGCGUCCUGAUGCCCGGGGUCUUUUUCUGGAUAAUCGAGAAAAGGACACGCGUCAGGGUGCAAACGAUCCCUCUGCUCAUCUUCGUCUUCAUGGCCUGCAGUAAAUACAGCAAUUUGAUAUUCCGCGAGAGUAACAUCAAACGCUGCUUGCAGCACAUCGAGGAGGAUUACAGGUUCGUCACCUGCGCGAACGCGCGCAACAUGAUGCUCGAGUCCGCGAAGGUCGGCCGACGGCUGGUUACACUUUGCGCGAUAUUCAUGUACAGCAGCGGGCUCUCCUUUCGAUUAGUUUUACCGUUUGCCAAGGGAAAAAUCAUCACCGCGCAGAAUGUCACUAUCAGACCUCUACCUUCCCCGGCUUACUUCAUUUUCUUCGACGUACAAGUCAGCCCCACUUACGAGCUGAUCUUCGCGAUACAAGUGUUAUCAGGGAUGAUCACUUACUCGAUAACAACGGGUUUAUGUGGCCUCGCGACCCUCUUCGUCAUGCACGCCUGCGGCCAGCUGAAGAUCCUGGUAAAUUUGAUGAGGAAUCUUGUCGAGGAGCAAUGGCAAGAGAAACAAGAAGUGGACAGGAAACUCGCAAGAAUGGUUGAACAUCAAAUAAGAAUUCGGAGUUUUUUGGAAUUAGUAGAAAAUACUCUACAACAAGCGUGUCUAAUAGAAUUAAUGGGCGCCACGAUGAUAGUUUGUCUACUAGGAUAUUUUAUAAUAAUGGAAUGGCACAAUAGUAAUACAAUAGCUAUGUGCUCCUAUUUUUCAUCGAUUGCAUCUAUGAUGAUAAACAUGUUCAUGUUUUGUUACACUGGUGAACAACUUACCGUUCAGGCCGAGAAAGUAGCUAGAACAUCUUGCAUGCUGGAGUGGUAUCGUCUUCCGAAUAAGGAGGCGCGUGGUAUCGUGCUGGUGGUAAUUAUGUCGAACUUGCCCACCAGGAUCACGGCCGGAAAGCUCAUGGAUCUAUCACUCAAGACCUACGGUGAUGUUGUAAAAUCAGCUGUAACAUAUUUCAAUAUGCUUCUAAAAGUGGCGGACUGAAUAUUUCUGCUCUGUAUCUCUUUCUUCUUAUCAGGACCACGACUACGACCGCAUCGUAAGGGUAAUAUCGUAUACUCAUGAUAUGAAAUGUAUCAUAUACAAAAGCCUGUUAUAAUGUAUAUAUACAGACAAGUGUA